AUGAUCUCCAACAUGCUCGCCCGUUCUGCCAUGCGCUCCCGCGUUGCCACUCGCCAGGUUAUGCGCUCUGAUCUCUACCACUUUGAGAACACCAACGGCCAGAACAUUCCCUUCAAGACUACCAACCGUGUUGGUCUUGCCAUCAAGAUGACCCUCUUCCUUGGUCUUGGUUUCGGUGCUCCUUUCCUUGGUGCCGCCUGGCAAUUGUAA